AUGGAACAGAAUGAUGCAAGUUUUAUAGACUCGCUUGUGCAGUGUAUCGACCUAGAUGGCCACGUGAGGGGUGCACCAUCCAUACAUGAUAAGAACUCUCCUGGAAAGGAUGCAGGCCACAGAUUACAAAGACGAAAUUUCAGCUACGAUCAAAUUCAGAUUGCUGCCAAUGAUCCGAUAUCGGCAACACAAUGUACUCAAGAGCAGCUUCCGGUGAUAGAAAACGAUGAGCCAGCACGUAACGUGGGUGAAUCGUUAAAGUCUCUUCCGAGGAAUACAUCCGUGAAUUCGUGGACACGUUGCGAGAUUAGCUCUGCAAUAGCCGAGUCUAGGUCCGGGUUCAAUUUCCAGGGAGUCGCCAGUGAAGUCAGUCGAGGGACUUAA